GCCUCGGGGCCGGCAGGGCGGGAGGGGGCCAGCUGCAGCGCCGGCCGGGACGCGGGACCGGGACGCGUGAGGCGCGUGCGGGCCUAGACGAUGCUGUCCCCGUGGCGCAGAGCCCUGUCCCUCUCUCCCCCCAGUCCCUGCUCCCCACUAAAGCGAGGGUCGGGUCCCGAAUUCUCUGAGCCCGGGCCUGGGUCCCUAUCCCGGAAAGUAGCUCCUUGUGCAGUGGGGAAAAUAUACGGCGCCCCGUCACCUGACCGUGACCCCCUCCCCCUUCUCCCGGCUUUUGUUUGUUUACGGCGGCGCGCGGCGAGACUGCCUCGGGAGCCUGAGUCCCUGAGGCGGGGGUGGGCGUAGGGAUGGGGGAGGGGGAGGUGACUCCCUCGAAGCCCCGCCUUCCUCCUUUUUCUGCCCGUUGUCUCUCUUCUUUCGGGCUCCGCUAUCUUUACACGGCUUGCGGGCCUCCGGCUAGGGCGUCUGGGACUGGCUGCAGGAGCGGCUGGUGGGCGGGGCUGCGGGGCAGCCUCCGUGAGCCGAUUGGACGGCCUGUCUCUAGGGCUCUCCCUCCUCCUCUUGCCCCUUCGCCCGCCCCCUGAAGGUGACCUGGAGGACGCGCGCGCGCUCGCCCCUCCCCCUUUAGUCGGGACAGUUAGUUAUCACGGGGAGCGGCGCGCGCGCCCGCGGGAGGGCAGCCGGCCGAGAAUGGCCGUGACCUGGCCGUGACCCCGCUCCCCCUUGGGCUAUUGGGUCUGCGGAGGCGGCGGCAGCGGCAGCGCGGGGACUCGACUCCUUGCGCGCUCGUCCACUCCGACGCUCUGGGCCCGAGUUCGAAUCUCGGCCCUGCCGCUUUUGGCCCGCGUGUCCCAGGGUGAAGAAAAUUACCACAAAUAUUUUGGCUCUGUGACUUUGUGCAUGAAUGCGAAUAAAGGAAGGAAGAACAGUUUUAGCAGGCCUUUCUCCCAAGGACAUAGCCAGCUGAUGUAACCAUGGUACUCAUCCUGGGCCGCAGACUGAACAGAGAGGAUCUUGGGGUGCGCGAUUCCCCAGCCAUUAAGCGUAAAGUGUUUGAAAUGGACCCCAAAUCUCUCACAGGCCAUGAGUUUUUUGACUUUUCCUCAGGAUCCUCCCAUGCUGAAAACAUACUCCAGAUCUUCAAUGAGUUCCGAGACAGCCGCUUGUUCACCGACGUCAUCAUCUGUGUGGAAGGGAAGGAGUUCCCGUGCCACCGAGCCGUCCUCUCGGCCUGCAGCAGCUACUUCCGAGCCAUGUUCUGUAAUGACCACCGAGAAAGCCGGGAGAUGCUGGUGGAGAUCAACGGCAUUCUGGCUGAAGCCAUGGACUGCUUCCUGCAGUACGUCUACACGGGCAAGGUCAAGAUCACCACCGAGAACGUCCAGUACCUCUUUGAGACUUCGAGUCUCUUUCAGAUCAGUACCCUGCGGGACGCCUGCGCUAAGUUCUUGGAGGAACAACUGGAUCCUUGCAACUGCCUUGGGAUUCAGCGCUUUGCCGAUACACACUCCCUGAAGACGCUUUUCACCAAAUGUAGGAACUUUGCUCUGCAGACUUUUGAGGACGUGUCUCAGCAUGAAGAAUUCCUGGAGCUUGGUAAAGAUGAGCUCAUUGAUUACAUCGGUAGCGACGAGCUGGUGAUUGGCAAGGAGGAGAUGGUCUUUGAAGCCGUCAUGCGCUGGGUGUAUCGCGCAGUUGACCUGAGAAGGCCACUGUUGCAGGAGCUGCUGACCCACGUGAGACUCCCUCUCUUACAUCCCAACUACUUUGUGCAGACUGUCGAAGUGGACCAACUGAUCCAGAAUUCUCCCGACUGUUACCAGCUGCUGCAUGAAGCCAGGCGGUAUCACAUCCUCGGAAAUGAGAUGAUGUCACCAAGGACGAGGCCACGAAGAUCCACUGGCUUCUCGGAGGUGAUUGUAGUCGUUGGAGGGUGUGAGCGAGUUGGGGGCUUUAAUCUUCCCUACACUGAGUGCUAUGACCCUGUUACUGGCGAAUGGAAGUCUUUGGCCAAGCUGCCGGAAUUCACCAAGUCGGAAUAUGCAGUGUGUGCUCUGAGGAAUGACAUUCUUGUUUCAGGAGGAAGAAUCAAUAGCCGUGAUGUCUGGAUUUAUAACUCACAGCUUAACAUCUGGAUCAGAGUUGCCUCUCUUAAUAAGGGCAGAUGGCGUCACAAAAUGGCUGUCCUCCUUGGUAAGGUCUAUGUUGUUGGAGGUUAUGAUGGCCAGAACAGACUCAGCAGCGUGGAGUGUUAUGAUUCAUUCUCCAAUCGUUGGACUGAAGUAGCUCCCCUCAAGGAAGCAGUGAGCUCUCCAGCCGUGGCCAGUUGUGUGGGCAAGCUGUUUGUGAUUGGUGGCGGGCCCGAUGAUAACACUUGCUCAGACAAGGUUCAGUCUUAUGAUCCUGAAACCAACUCUUGGUUACUUCGUGCCACAAUCCCCAUUGCCAAGAGAUGCAUAACAGCUGUGUCCUUAAAUAACCUGAUCUAUGUUGCUGGCGGGCUCACCAAGACCAUCUAUUGUUAUGAUCCAGUGGAAGAUUAUUGGAUGCAUGUGCAGAAUACGUUCAGCCGUCAGGAAAACUGUGGCAUGUCUGUGUGUAACGGCAAAAUCUAUAUCCUGGGAGGAAGAAGAGAAAAUGGAGAAGCGACAGACACAAUUCUCUGUUACGAUCCUGCCACUAGUAUCAUCACCGGAGUAGCAGCUAUGCCGCGGCCAGUGUCCUAUCAUGGCUGCGUGACUAUUCACAGAUACAACGAGAAGUACUUUAAAUUGUAAAGCCAGGAAGCCCCGGAGAAGCCGCCACUGCCGCCUCCACCACAAAUGGGAAUGUUUCCAGAAGCCCCAAACAGACAUUCGAGGUUUCCGGUUUGGGGUUUUUUACCUGUUAUAUGCAAAGAAGAGUUCCCGUGCCUCCCUCACCUGGGCCCAGUGCCCGUUUCCAAAUUGUAAAUAGUAUAAACUGUCUAAAGCCUUACUAGUUAUUAGCACUCUUUUUCUGGCUUGUGAUAGCGAUCUGAUAGUGUGUUCCCUCUCUUAUCCUAAGGAAGAACUUCAGGGGAGGUAACCUCUACAGGUAUUGGUGGGGCUGUGUAGACUGAGGCUCGUUAUCACCUGCCUUUCUACAUGGCGCUGCCCCAUCUGUGAAUAGUCUUUUCGUUCUAAGUCUGUUCUCCGUAGACUGUAUGUGCCUAAUCGCGACAUUCGUUCUAGAGGAAAGUUAGCUGUGGUUUCCUUGUUCAGCUUGGCUACGUUGGCUCAUUCAGUGCUUAAACCUUUCUUUCAAAAAAUUUUUACAUCACGAGAAAGGUUUUAAGUGGAACGUUUUAUUGGUGGAAAUUUUUUCUCUUUUGGAUGGAAACUUGGUAAUUCAUUCAGUUUGAAAAAUGCCUGAGAUGAACCGCCAUGGCGAUCGUGAUCAGAUACUGGUCUUUUUUGAAAACGAUAAUUUGGGGAGACUUGGUAAUCCCUGAAGGCCAGAAAACACAGGCCAGUUCAUUUUGGAGCAUAAGAAACCCUCGAAAGGAAAAUAGCAUGGUGCCUCUCAUCAAGGAGAGGUGUAGUAAGUGGUUCUUGGACUGACUAACCAUUUUUAGCCCUGGGAGAGACUCUGGAGGCCAGAGUAGCUGUUCAUUUCUCUGAAGCGAGCCUACAUGGUCAAGAAUUGCUUUCAUCUCACAAGUGGGUGCCUUCAUUUGCUGAGGAUUCGGCUUCUGAAUGGGGGAAUCUAGGGAUCUCAGGGGGGAUCUUCAUUAACUACAAAGAAUUGCCACUCCCAUGAGGGGAAAGCUCCUUUUUAGAAUUCAAAUUCAGGGACCAUCCAUGGUAGUGGGUCAUGUUUUCAUACCUAGCUUAAAAAAAAAAAGACGACCUUUCACGUUGAUUUAAGGGUCAGUACCAUCUUUAUGUAUCUUUUCUACCCAUCAUUGGUUAGAAGUAUCUGCUUCCUGACAAACCGGAUCUCCUCCUCCAGUGCUGCUUCAUUAAUCUCCCAUUAGCUUUCACUGAAGGAAAGGUGAUAAUGUUGCAUUUCUGAGGCACCUUUAAGGAUCUCUGUUCCAAGUGAUUCUUUUUCAUUUCUGUGUCAAUGUAACUUAGCUUCUCAAACUUGAAAUGAUAGGGAGCUAUGUUGUAUCUGGUGAUACCCAUAGAGUUAUUAUCAGAAAGCAAACAGCAAGGCUGUUGCACUUAUUUUAGGAGAGUGCAACAUUUGUUUUUCACAUCCUGCUCUUUCAUACUUAGCUAGAUCCUGAAUCCCUGUGCAUCUUUUUGUUAUACAAAGGAAAACCCUGCAGAUAUGUCAGAGGAAAGACCACCCAAACAAACAAAAGUUCCUGGAAGUCUGUAGGAUGCUUCUCAGAUCACAUGAUGCCUUGAAAUAGGCAUUGGAAUAUUGGAAAAAUUAAAUGUGGAAUAGUCUCUUAGCCUGAGUUAAAACAGGAAGCUUUUAAGCUGAAAUUAGGGGAUAUAUGUACCCUCAUAUUCUAGCAAAGAACUUCUGCUUGUACUAAACUGCUGUAUAAUUUCUUGUGUAUAUAAUAUCAAAGGUAGCAAUACAGGGAUUUAUUUGCAUUUUUUAUCUGUAUUUGUAAAUUGGUGCCCAUUUGUAAAUAAAGGCACUUGAUACAGAAAUGGUUUUCUCCGGAUAAAUGACUUCUGUGGUCUAGCCUCUUUGUCUUUUGUGUAUGAUCUGUUUACUUGGAUUUUGUUACUAUUAUGCAGUCAUCUUUAAAUUUGUGCGCCGACUCUAGUAAUAAACAUGACACGACAUUGUAAGGAACAAGAUCUGCAUCUUAAAGGUAGAGAGCGUUUCAAGCUCCUACCAGUGUGUGAUUUCUUUCUCCUUGAUCAAUGCCUGAAACUAUGUAAUGUACAAGUCAUUUUCCAUACUAGCAACUAAAAGACUAUCAAAAAUUUGUAUUUUUUUUCCCAGUGAAUUUAGAUGAAGUUGUUAUUUUUGAGGUAAGGUAAAGUGACCCAACUUAGUCUUUGAAGUGUCCUAGUAUUAUGUCAUCCUCAAUUAGUGAAUUGCUGCCAAUUGGUAUAGACAUUCAAAGUACUACUUAGAUUAAAGCACAGAUUGCAUUCAUACUUUUUUUGUGCAGUUGAGGUUUUUUUUUUCAUAGCUGUUGCUCAUGUGGACACACACACGCACGCUUAUACAUAAAUCAUUCUUAGCCAUCUGUCAUGGUCAAGGAAAGUCAGGAGAAUUUUGUGUGGACCCCAGUGAAAUAAAAUAAAAGAGAAUGUAUUUUAUCUCUUAAAGCAUUUUUGUACUUGCCAAAUGCAAGUUUGAAAUUAUCUUUCAUGUGAAGACUAUCUUUAUAACAGACCUACUUCAAGGUUUACAACUAUAAGGUUAGAGUAGUCAGGAGGAAGAAUGUUCAGGGUGAGGGUCAUGUGCUUAUUCAGUUGUGUUACCCACCCUAGGGAAGGAAGAAACCCAGUGAUUCUGUUUACUGUGUCAUAGAAAAAAAUCUUUUAAAUGCUAGAUUUGUUUCUCUAGGUGUUAUAACCUCAAAGAUGCUUCUGGGCUUUCUCCCACUAAAAAGAAUCAUUAGUUCUUGUUAAGAGUGUCUAAUUGCCUGGUACCACCAUUUUCAGGGAUCCCCUUAAAUGGGCAUUGAAUGGCAGCCUUUUGGAUCUCCAGGAAACUGAAAAAGUUUAAAAGUUUAGAUAUACCACAAGAAUUUGGAGGGCUUUUUUUUUUUUAACUUUGUUUUUAGGGGAGAAAAAUAUUUGGGGAAGAAAUUGUCCCUUCUUUCAAUUUGGGUUUCUUGUAGUAACUAUCAGAAAAUCAAAAUUCUAGGCUUUGAGGCAGAUUAGGAAAAUAAACUUCAUCAUUGUGACUUAACAUUCAUUCUUUUCUCUUAAAAAAGAAAAUGUUUUCUUGACUGGUAUUGUAGUUUACUAGCAAUCAAUUGUUCACCCAUCUAACUACCGUCAAAUGCCCAAUGAAACUCAGGAAAUGACAACAAAGGUUCUUUUACUUUUGGUCAUCUACAUACCAGGUUUUUUAUAUUGUCUGCAAAUGACAAUAGACAAUAAAAAUUUGCUGUGAGGGCCCAGUCUAAGGCCUGGGCCCACAUCUGUUUUGUCCUAACUCAUGAGAAAGUAGAGGCUGAAUGAUAAAGGGUGUGUGUGAGGAAGCAUCUUGAGGCUCAUCUGUGCAAGAGGCAUCUUUGACCUCGGACAGUUUUCUCAAAAGGGACGUUAACCUUCUGUCUGUUCAAUCUGAUGAGAAUCUUAGAUGUCUAUGAAAAGCUACCAUAAGUCGGCCUUUCUUUGUGCAAAGGCAAGGAGCCAUUUGCGAUCUGGAGUAAGCGUUAACUCUGUUCUGUUAAACUUUAGAAGUAUUUUAAGCCAAGCCAUUGGAAACCAAGUUCAUGUUCACUCACCUCAUUAGUCUUUUAGUUAAAUAAGUAAAUUCAGUAGGUACUGUAAGUAACAUAGGGGCCAAUUGGCCCAAAGACAGCAGUGUGAACUAACUGAGCUCCAUCACUUCAGAAUGCUGGGUGCCAGAGACCACAUGAGCCAGGAGAGUGUGAAUCCAUCAAUAAUUCCAAAACACUAGGAGAAUAGUUUGUCUUUUUUUUUCAUCAUACUUUAGACAAUAUUUUUGAAGUGUGGGGAUUUUUUUUUUUUUUUUUUUUGGUAUGAAUGUUUUAAAUUUUGUAUGAUUACCAAGAUACUCUAGUGCUCAGGAUGAUCAAGUGAUAAAUGUUGAAAAUGACAGUGACAAGUGUGUAGUAACUUAUUUUGCAUUCUUGUUCCAAAGAGACUGUAAGCUCCCCAAGGGCAGGGACUCUGUCAUUUUCAUAUCUAUGUGUCCCCAACACCUAGCGUGGUGCCUUAUACAUAUAGUAGGCGCUUAAUAAAUGUCUGUCUGAAUUGAAUUUUCCUGUUUCAGAAAUAAUUGUGCCUGAAUUUGCUGGAUGUGCCUAAUGUUUUCUAGUACUGUUUCAAAUACUGUACUCUCAAGCUACAUGAUAAUUGCUUUAGGUAAAUGUCAUGUAUGUUUCCUGUAGUGUAAACAAGGUUCCCCACCUUUUAAUCUGUGUAGUGAAUUCUAGGCGAAAUGGGAAAAGAUGAGAACACUUUAAAGGGGAUAAUUUAUUUCUUUGAAGCUGUGACUUGAGGCUUCUGAUUGGUUUGCUUUUGUAUUCUGCAUUUUCCAUAGUUUUAAAAAAUAUUAAUUGGUCUUAUUUUUAGUUCCAGGGAUUCCUUGAAUUGUGUGUUAAGCCGUAGUAUAACAGUUGCUUGGCAGAAGGUAAUGGGUGGCUUUAUUUCUCUUGUCUCUUCAGACCAAGGUGCUUUUUACAACACUCAGAUAACCUCGUAACCUGAUAAACUUCAUUUGAAAUACAUAGAGGUUACACUUAUAUAGCAAGAAAUUACAUCUGCUAAUUUUCCUUUUGCAAUCUCGCUAUUUGUUAGCACCGCUCUCCACAAGAUUUUUCUUCUCAUCUUCUUUUGGAAGCUGUUAAUUUCUGCCAAUUUAUUUACAGAAAAUUUAAAACUGUUGAGCUAAUCCUCUUUUUUAGGAGUUAACUGGUAAAAACAAGUUAUCCAUUUGGACACCAGUGCAGCCUCGGGGAGUCUGGAGCGGUGACGGCCAUUCUUAUCAUUGGCGGUUCAGAGUUCUAGGUUGACUCCACAUUGAGAAAGAUAACCUGGUAUUUCAGUGUCUUUAAGUUUCUGUUGUAGCCCAUUAGUACUUGUGUUCUAUUUAAAUGUACUGGCAAAGUUUUCUUCAAAUUCUAAAAAGUGUAAUGUACCUAAUAAAUUUUAUCUUUUAACUUC